AUGCCACCGGCCGCUGCACCUGAAAACAUCUACACAGGUUCCAAUAUGCUUUCUGUUCCGCGCAUCCUCAUGACACCCAGGAACUCCUAUCGCUUCAUCCACAGGUGGUACAGGGGGGUACUUGUGUUGCUAGCCUUUGCUGGGAUGAAUGAUUUGAUCGACGGCUGCAUCGCUCACAAGUACAACAUGGGUACUCUCGUUGGGUCUAUCGUUGAUCCGUUGGCCGACAGGUUCGUCAUGACGACGCUUGUUAGUGCAAUUGCCUCUAUAGGUGGUAUGCGGAUGCUCAUGGCCCUAAUCCAUCUUGAAUUGGACUUUGCCCUUGGCCUCUCUGCGCUCUACUGGCGCUCGAUCUCACCGCCGACGCCUUACACCUUUACACGUUUCUGGGAUCUCAGUCUGCUCUCUGCAUCUUCACAUCCUACAUCCGUGUCCAAGCUUCAUACGGGCCUACAGAUUGUGCUUGUCAGCGCGUGCAUGGUUCAGCCAGUCUUGCCUGUCGACACGCUCAGCCUCUAUGAGUACUCGGUUGCUUCAGCAACAAAGUACUUCGGUCUGGAGCAUACCUGGCGCAAG